CCGCAGGGAUGUCCAGAUCCAGACUUCUGGUUCUCCCUGGCUGCUCCAGUUUGUUUGCUUUGGCUUCAGGAUGUGUAUAAGAGUCACGUGGACACCAGCCAGCAUCCAGGGAGCAGUCACAGCUGAACACCAGCUCCAGUCCAGUGAUAGAGCACGUGCUUAGCGUCUGUGGUGCCAGAACCUCAAACAAACAAGGAAGCCACACGAUCUUACCUUCCUGAAACCAGUUUCGCACUAGACCCAGCGCCUCGGCGAGGACUAGAGACACAGAAAGAGCUCGAAGGCCAUUCUUGUUAAAAUGAUGUUUAUUGAAUGCCUACCUGAGAUGAAAUGAAAGUGUGGAGAGAAAAGAAAAACAGAAGACGUGGAUACAACUUUAUAUUCAAGUAAACCAGCAAUGGAGAGACCUGGGAAGCUGAAGUAGAAACUCAAAGGAGUUUCACCCUUUACAGGAAGUGUCUCAUUGCACUGUCUUAGGGAGCAUAUUAGUCAGGAUGGUGGCAGGCUCUGCUGCAGUAAGAAAUGGCCCACCAAGUGUUUGUGGUCUGCAAAGCAUGUAUUUCUUUUUUCCAAAUAUUUUUAUGUUGGUCAGGCAGCUCUUCAGGCCCCUUCAGGUUCCAUGAUCAAAGAUGAGAGAUCUUGUAAGUCUAACUUUAAUGAGUGAGCAGCUUCCUGGUCACUGAUAAAGUGGGAGAGCUGUUCUCUCCACUUCUAAUACUGCGGCCCAGCAGUUGUGUGCUUUCUCUCAAAGUCUAUUAACUGAGUAGGCCGGCUCUACCCAACUGCAAGGGGGCUGGGACAGUCUGGGGGAACAAGAGGAUAGACAUUAAGUUCAGUUCUCCAUUCAAGACUGGAGAUGAGUAGAAGAGGCCAGAUGCUGCUGAUAAGUCAGAAGGGAGAGAUUCAAAAGGCGAGGGAGCCGCAGGGGAGAGAGGGGGCUCAAUUCAGGGAGAGAGAGGAAUAGCAAGCCCAAAACGUGGCUCUGGGAAAGGCAGAGGUGAAGUGUGUGGUUCAAAGUCACAAAUCAGCCAGGGCAGUCUUGAGGGACCUACCCCUGGCAGGGCUCCUAAAUGCAGAGAGAAUCUGUUGUGUAUUGUAUGGAUGCAUCACCUGUCUGUUUAAAAACCUAUGCCUAUUGGAAAGGGUAGAACAGACGGUGGGGCACCCAGAAGGCAGAGAGGAUUCUGGGAUAGAGCAGGUGUGGGAGACUCACCCAGGAAGAGGAGACAGAGGGAUGGGCCCUGAGCACAGGCACCCAGCCACGUGGCAGAAAGUAGCUCAGAAUAGAUGGGGUAUAUUAAGUUAUGACCUAGUCAGAGAAGAGCUUAGCUACAUGGCCAAGGUGUUUUUAAAAUCUGAUUUUUGAUUCUGAGUCUUACUUCAGGAAGCACAGGGCUGGGAGGAAGAACUAGACGUAGCUUCUACACCUGAAUACCACAUAAGGAGGUAAUGUGAAGACCAGAGUGACUGCUCCAGCCACACAGCCGGCAAAGCAGGGAUGGAAGGACAGGGGCUUCGUUCCUCAGUCCUCUCCCCGCCUGCCAUGUCACCAAACCGUCCUCUGUAGGGAGCAGCAGUGUUGCUGUGGCUUCAGCCAGGCAGCUGUGGUGUGAGUCCCCCCAGUCCUUCAGCUCCUCCUUCUUUGGAGCCCCCUGAACUACCCGCUUCCCUGCCCACCAGCAGCGCUCUUUGUUUGUUUUUAAUUUAAUUUUUAAAAUGCAUUAACUGUUUUAAAUUUUAAAAUAUGUAGCUGGGCGGUGGUGUUACAGGCCUUUAAUGCCAGUGCCUGGAAGGCAGAGGCAGGAAAAUCUCUGAGUUUGAAGUCAGCCUGGUCUACAGGAGAAUUCUCAGAUAGUCAGGCAUAAACAGGAACCCUGUCUUGAAAAAAUAUUCGAUCUGUAUGAGUGUGUGUGUGUGUGUGUGUGUGUGUGUGUGUGUGUGUAUGUUUGUAUGUGUAUGUGUGUGUAUGUUUGUGUGUGUAUGUUUGUGUGUGUGUUUGUGUGUGUAUGUUUGUGUGUGUGUGCAUGUGUGUAUAUGUUUGUGUGUGUAUGUUUAUGUGUGUAUGUGUAUGUAUGUUUGUGUGUGUAUGCUUGUGUGUAUGUUUGUGUGUGUUUAUCUGUGUGUAUGUUGGUGUGUGCAUAUGCUUGUGUGUGUAUGUUUUUGUGUGUGUGUAUGUGUGUUUAUCUGUGUGUAUGUUGGUGUGUGCAUAUGCUUGUGUGUGUAUGUUUUUGUGUGUGUGUAUGUGUGUGUAUCUGUGUGUGUGUGUAUAUAUCAUGUGCAUGCCUGGUUUGUCAGAUCUCCUGAAAGUGGAGUUAGAAGCAGUUGUGAGCCACCAUAUGUGGGUGCUAGGCACUCGACCAGAGUCCUUUGGAAGAGCAGCAAGUGCUCUUAACCAUGGAGGUAACUCUCCAGCUCUUCUAAUAUUCUUUGGAAAGCUCCAUCAAUGGCUGCCUCCCCUUCCUCCUGCCUGCUAAAUGGAGCUUUCCCCAGCUCUGGCAUCUGCUCCCUGUUCCUCGUUCAUAUUCUCUCUCUCUCUCUCUCUCUCUCUCUCUCUCUCUCUCUCUAAUCUAAAACGUGGCUAUGCUUUCUGUAUCCUGAUCACGAGUGUAUCUCUCAGGUCUGUUUCUGCUCAUGGCUUCCAAGAGCUUCCAGCCAGUGGUGAAAUGCCCAAGCUCUUCCACAGCUCCUGGGUCACAGUUCUGAUGGAUUAUGUGUUUGUGCUAAAAUACCCAGGAGGGUUUAUCUUGACCAUCCACUUGAUGUGAUUAAGAAUUACCUAAGAGAGGGUAGGUAGGUCUGCGAUGAUGUUUCCAGAGAAGACUCACUUGAGAUGUGUGGAAAAUCCUUCCUUCCCUGGGUAGGAUAGGCUCCCGGACUGACUAGGAGGAACAAAGCAAGCUGAGCUCCACGUCCUGUUUCCUGACAAGCUGCCUCCCGCUCUGAGAGCACACCUCCUGAUCACACGGCCUAGCCAGUCAAACGGAGAGCCAACAUUCUUCCUUAGUUGCUUUUUUCUGAUAUUUUGUUACAUCACUGAGAAAAGUAACCAAUAUCACAGUACAGCCAAAUCUGUUCAUUCUCUUUCCAUAAGUCUAUUCCCUAUGUUGGGGUCCAGGAGUCCCCUCACAAACCACAAGAACGCAAAUCUCAGACAGGGAUAGUUCAUUGAGCAUACACCCCAGGACUGAUCGAUCAGGGCCAGGCUCCAGGUUUGGGGACUGACUGAACUGUGACCCUGAGUUAAGGCAUUAUGACUUUUUUUAAAGCCUGAGACCUACAAAUACCUGUGCCAAGUUAUUCCACCAACUAGGGCCAGAUGAUUUCCUUAGGAACGUCUUUGUUGUACAUUUAUUCUGUCCCCAUUGGUUGGGGUAUUCAACUGCGGCAGGGGACUCGUCUUGCCUAACGCUCAUGUCUUAACUUGUCUACGAGGAUGGGACUUGUCUUGUAACAUUCAUGUCUUAACUUGCCAACCAGGACAUCAGUUGCCCAAGUACAUGCUUCCUUCUGCCAAGUAGGAUAUCAAAUCCUGGGGAGGUCUUGGGAACUUAAAUUUUAAUCCAUUACUAAUCAAAAAUAGAAGUCUUAUUCCAAACAGUGUCUUACAUUGGUGCACGUCUCUCUUAUGUUGGGUCCAUCCCAGGAACAGCUUAUAAAAGAAAAUACCACAGAAGCUUAUACGCAGGUGCAGGAAGUGCUGCCGGGUGGUUGGUUCGGGUCCAAGCCUAUUGUGGGUAACUAUAUAAAGCAGUUCUACUGACUUCCAUUGUGAUCGGUUUCCAAGGGCACAGAGUGUGGCAGAAUAUGCAAUCAACUUGGCAUUAGAAAGUUUCCUAGUGACAGCAGAAACACAAGGAAGUUUCUUUAUAAUGGCGUCCUAUGACAGUUACCUAGGCCGUAACACCCUGACCCCAUGGUCGCAAUGUCCUUCAUUCUUAGAACUGCCCCAACUCAGUAUCGGGGACCCUGUCUACUCAUGCAUGCAUCCAGGCAAUCCCUACUUCCAUUUCUUCCUACCGUGCUCUGCACCCUUCCUCUUUUCCCUUCUAUCCGUCUUGCUUAGAAUGUUGAGCUCUGGGGUUCCAUUCUGCUUCCCACUGAAUCCUCCUGGUUUCCCUUCCCACCCUCACCAUCUGGCUAACACUUCCUGAAGCUUGGCUUAUCCCUUCCCACCUUCAGUACUGAGCUCCUCUGGCUUAUCUGGAAGCUCACCCUCACCACCUUGUGUAGUUUAAGACAGGGUCUUCUACAUGUCGCAGGCUGACCUCGAACUCACAAACUUGUCUCAGCCUCUCCUGGGAUUACAGACAUGCCUCCCCAUGCCAAUUGCCUGCCAGCAUUAUACCUGGGGUCUGCAUGCGGUGGCCCUGCCAUUCUUACUGGCCUGGGUGCAUACUCUAGGAAAACUGGUUGGUUCUGGUUUUCCCAGCAUAUCUAGAGUUGCUUUUAGGCUGGUCCUUGCUCGUGCUCUUCCUCCUGAUAGCAUGUUUCUCCCAUCCCAGCUCCUGCUUCUCCAUUUUUCCUUCUAUUGAAUCCUAAUCAUCCAUUGAAUUUAAUAAUUAAUAAAUUCCAGCAGCAGGUUUGCUACUCACCUCAAUGCUUUACAUUUUGGAAAGACACACACACACACACAGACACACACACACACACCACACACACACACUCAUACACACAUACACACACAUACACACAUACACACACCACACACACACUCACACAUACAUGCACACACACCACACACACACAUACAUACACAAACACACAGACACAUACACACACAUAUAUACACACACACACUCACACAUACACACACACCACACACAUACACACACUCACACACAUACACAUAUACACACACAGUCACACACACACUCACACAUACACACACACCACACACAUACACACACUCACACACAUACACAUAUACACACACAGUCACACACACACUCACACAUACACACACACCACACACAUACACACACUCACACACAUACACAUAUACACACACAGUCACACAUACACAUAUACACACACAGUCACACAUACACAUACACACACACACUCACACAUACACACACACACCACACACAUACACAUAUACACACAGUCACACAUACACAUACACACACACCACAUACACACACACAUACACAUACACACACUCACACACACAUACACAUAUACACACACUCACACAUACACACAUACACACAUACACAAACACACACAGACACACACACAUACACAUACACACACAUCACACACUCACACACACAUACACAUACACACACAUCACACACUCACACACACACACCACACACACACACUCACACACACAUACAUAUACACAUACACACACACCACACAUACAUCACACACAUACACACUCACACAUACACAUACAUACACACAUACGUACAUACACACACACACUCACACAUACACACACCAUACAGACACACACCCCACACACACACAUACAGACACACACUCACACAUACACAUACAUACACACAUACGUACAUACACACACACACUCACACAUACACACACCAUACAGACACACACCCCACACACACACAUACAGACACACACUCACACAUACACAUACAUACACACAUACACACACACCACACACACACACACACACACACACACACACACAGCCUUUAUAUUUUAAUAUGCCUUAAGCAGCACAAUAGCUGUGCCACUGUCUAACCUUCACAAGGUUAAUCCACCUCCUGCCAAUAAUCCCAAGUUAUUACUUACUAAACUCUACAUUCUAUCUCGACUACCCUGGACCCAGUUGGGCAGCCCUCUUGGGCCACACUUCCCCGACUCCUUCUCUUGGCCUCUCUGUCCAGCACUCUUCUCAGACAUGGCUGAUCUCCUCUCCUCCACACUCUCCUCUUUCCUCACCACCACCCCCAUCCCAAGUCCAGGAACUGUCCUGCCUCAAUCUGCCCUUCCCAGCCAUUGACUCCUGGCACCUUUAUUUACCAAUCAGAGCCAACUGGGGGUGGGUUCCCAGAAGCGACCUGCAAACACUUAUGUAAGCAGUUUUGGGGACCCAAAUUAACAUUAGAAUACAAGUAACCUUAGGCCAAACCCACUACACCCAUCUUCCAAGGUUCUUUUUGGGGAGGGCCAAUUCUCCUGCCUCAGCCUCCCAAGAGUUGAGGUUGCAGAAUGGCUCUGUGAGAUCCGAAGUUACAUUUUAAGUUGUAAUCAUUGUGCCUAAGAGAGCCAUAAACAAAAAUGUCUGUAAUUUAUAAGCCUCUUGCCCAAGCACAGAUAUUUCCUGAAAAGCUGGAGGCUAAUGUUUGUGGAAAAUUUUAGUUGCAUGUUUUCACUUCUCUAAACAAAUGUUUAACCCAACUGUACCCAUCGUGUGCUUGAUCACAGGUAGUUAAAAGAUGUGUAGGCAAGAAAUAAGUCAGGAUAUAUACUUGCCCGAUUGGACCUGAUGGGAAAUAUGGUAGCCUUAUAGCCAUGCCUUUAUAGGUCUCUGCUAAAUGUCAUUGGUACCCAUUUUCUGGGAACCCUAGGAUGAUCCUGGCAGAAUGUAUUAUAGUGGCCAGUGUUAGCAUUCUGUCUAGGCUCCACCCCACAGUUACCUGGCAACAGCCAGGUAUGUAUAAGAGGGGCUGCUUUCCCCCUCCUCUCUCUCUUGCCUUCUUGUUCUCACUGUCCUCUCCCCCUCCCCAUCUCUCUCCACUUGCUCAUGGCUGGCCUCUACUCCUCUACUCUUACACACACUCUCUCUCUCUUUCUCUCUCUCUCUCUCCCUCAGGGGGAAGGGAUGUCUCAGCAUGGGCCCUGCAGAGGCACCCCCUUCCCCCACACCUAACUACACAUCCACCAAACCUAUUCCUUUUCUCCAUAACGUUUUAUAAAACACAGCAGUCAGUAUUUAAUUAAAGCUUGCCUCAAAUUUGGGUCAAAUUUAGUGGUAGUGGUCUCAUUCUUGAUCGGUUCAACACCACCACACAAGCUCUCCAAGCCUCUUUCCAGUGCCAUAUUCUCCACAGGGACUUGUCUGACUUUGUUACCAAGUGUUCUCAUAUCGUUUGCUACGGAAACGUUUUUCUUUGUAACUCACAGAACCACUUGCUUUUGCCACUAGCCACCGUCUCCUGUGUACCCAGAGGACUUCCGUUUGUGGGCCUCCCAGCCAAUGGCUCUCACGUCUUCAGAAAGUGAACUGCUCCUGUGUGUUUAAGGAAGCAGGUGCCUUCCGAGGCACGUGUGUCUUCAGUUACAAGAUUAAAUUUCUCACAAACUGGCUUAUUACCAAUCCAGACAGUGGCUGGACUUUUUGUUCUGUAAACAUUCUUGAAGCCUUGAUGCUGACGCCAUGACCUGUGUGAGGCCAGUCAGGCUGCUUGACUGCUUUAGGGGCUUCCCAGCCUGGUGGUUCCUCUGGAAUAUUCCAUCAGGUCUCAUUUCUAUGAAACCCACCUCACCCUGACCACACCGGAGAGGCCAGGCAAGUACUUAAGGGGGAAUUCAGUUCAGAGUGAGCUGAAUGAGACCCAAAGCAUCAAGAGAGCUACAGGGCAGAGAGUGGACUGCACUCAAUUACUUCAAAGCCACAAGACAUCUAUCUGGGAGCCGAAGGUACAGGUAAUUCUGGAGGCUGAAAGGCCAAGGGGGAAAUGAGAGCUACUUACUGGAGCAGCGCCCUCAGGGGAGCGAAGUGAAACCUUCUUCAACAGUGGCUAAAGCUGGCAUCACCUCUGUGCCCUACCUCCCGUGGGAGCAUCAGAACAAAAGCACUGUCAGAAACAAUACCUGCUGGCUGUGAAACACAGUAAAGUGGAGCCUGGGGGAUGGCUCAGGGGUUAAGAAUAUGUAUCGCUCUUCCAGAGGACCCAAGUUUGGUUCCCAGCAAUCACACCAGGCAGUUAGUUCCAGCUCCAGGGGAUUCCUCACCUCUAGUCUCUGAUGACGUCUGCCCUCCUAUGUACAUACCCAUACUCGCGAGCGCGCGCGCACACACACACAAAUUCAAAGUAAACAUUAAAAUUGUUUUUUGAUGUAA